CAGUCGGGCGCGGGGUUAAAGCCGGGUGCAGCGGUGGGGGGGGUGACGCGGAGCGGUGCUGGGGAUGUGGGCGCGAGCGGUUGUGGUCUGUGCGGCGCUGUGCGCAUGCGCGCGCGCUUGGCUCGGCGGGUCUGUGUGCGUGCGGGAGGCGGCGGGCGCGGGCGGCGCGCGGUACGUGGCGUUCCUGAGCGCCGGCUCCGCCGCCGGACCCGCGCUGGUCGAGAGCGUCUGGGCUGCCCCCGACCGCCUCCGCGCCUGCUGGGCCCGCCGCGAUCCGCGCCUCGCCCGCGCCUUCCGUGCCGCCUGCGCGCAACGCCCGCCUGCCGCGCCCGGGGCUGCGCUGCGCGGGGCCCUGUCCGCGCUGUGGCGCCGUCGUGCCGCCUGCACCGACCCCGUGCCGCCGGGACCGCAACGCCGCCGCCGGGGCUGGACGCUGCCAGGAACGCUGUGGUGCGGCGCGGGGAACUCGGCGGGGAACUGGAGCGAGCUGGGGCUUUUCCGCGGCCCCGACCGGUGCUGUCGGGAGCAUGACCAGUGCUGGGCGCAAAUCACGGCGCUGCAGUUCAAUUACGGCAUCCGCAACUAUCGCCUGCACACCGUGUCCCACUGCGAUUGCGACACCAGGUUCCGGCAGUGCCUGCUCGCCAUCAACGACACCGUUUCCAACAUCAUCGGCGUCACAUUCUUCAACCUUUUGGAGGUGCCGUGCUUUGUGCUGGAAGAGAGCGAGGAGUGCAUCCAGUGGCACUGGUGGGGCGGGCUGGCACGGUGCCUCCACAGGGCAAGGGACUGCAGCGACAUGGACUUGGCUGUCCUGGCUGACCGCAUCACCAUGGACUGCUUUGUGCUAGAGCUGCCUGCUGCCUGCAGCCCAAGCAGGGAGUCACAGCACAGCAGCUGUACCAUGAUGACCAGGGCUGUGCUUGUACCGGCACAGCAGCUCAAAAAGAUUCUAAGACGCUGGGGCCCUCUGCGUGUGAGCUCCAAGGCCAAGCAUCUACACUGGAAGACACAUGCCAGGGGAGGUAUCCUCUGUGAGCAGUGCCAGCAUCUGGUUGUAGAGCAGACACCAGCUUAGCCCCACACAGUGCUUUGAUGACACCCAAGCAGCACUGCCUUGGGGAGGAAAAUGUGCUGUGCAGCAGCUGGGAGCUGCUUGGGGUCUGGUCCUCAAGUCAAAGGAUGGCACUGAGCAUGGCUGUUGGCAUGACAGCAUGGAGCUGGGGACCACAGCCAGAGCAGGCAGAGGGACUGACAAGCCUCUCAAGGAGUAUCAUCCAUGAGUAUCAAAAGCAAGAGGAAAGAAAUAGGAGGUCUCAGGAAAGAGGGAACUCAUUGUCCUUCCCUGGUGUGCUCUGGGGCAGGGAGGAUGGCAGGGCACCCCACCCCUAGAUUGGUGACCCUUCAACUGGGGGGCCUGAGCAGUGAGGUGUAAUCCUGACCCUCUUGCCCAGGCAGGGUAGGAGGGUUGAGGUCAGUACCUGAAUGUAGCAGAAAAAAUAAAGGGUGGGUCAGAGCAUGGUA